AGCUUGGGCGACAAGGAAGGAGGGCUGUCCGUGGGGGAGACCGGGGAUGGAUUGCCCCUCCUCAUACUUCUCCUCGAGGGAGAAAGGAGACACACACACACACACCAGCUCUUCUCUCCCUUUAGGGGCCAUUAAAAUAAAAUAAAUUCCUGUUCUAUAAAUCUGUUAUUCAUGAAUCUGACUUGAACCUGUGGGAAAUAAUAAAGUAAAACGUUUAACAUGACAGAUGAAGGGGGGAUUCUAAACAAUUGUUAUUCGUUAAUAUUACUUGAAUCUGUGGGAAAUAAAAAAGUAAAAUGUUUAACAUGAAGGAAAAAAUUCUAAAAAAUUGUUAUUCGUGAACGUGAUUUGAAUCUCUGGGAAGUAAUAAAAAUAAAAUUUUAACAUGAGGGAUGAAGAACUUGGUCAUUAAAGCCUGCACUGCAAUGGAAGAAAAUGGAGUUGACUGUGAUAAUAGCAUAGAAAGAGCCAGUGACUUCUUAGUGGUCAGUUCUAAUAAUGUUGAAGAAUUGGAAAGUAGUGGCCAGGUAUUCCAGUGUCUAGUAUGUAUGAAAAGCAAGAACAUGUCAUUUGGACAGAACGUGUCGCAUGGAGGUUUGCCGACUGUAGACAACGCUUCUCCAUCACUGAAUGCACAAGUACAGCGAUGUCAGCCACCUUCUUUUCAGGUGGAAGAUUUUCAACUUGUAGAUCAAAACAGCCAUUCCCUUUAUGAAGUCCAAUCCUUAGAAGGGUCCAGUAGUAGUCACAUGGUGAUCGUUGCUCACAAUUCUGAGAAUGAGCAAGUGCUCCAUGUUGUUCCUUCUACUCAGCAAGGAACUGAGCAAGUGAUUAUUCCUCAAGGUCAGCUUUUGGAUGUCUGUAGCUCUGGAGAUGUUUCACAAGAGAAAAGUUGUGAUGGGAAUUUGCAGACUGUGGCAGUGGCUGCUAUAGCAGACAAUACAAACAAUUACGUCUUUCAUCCUCAAGCAUCUCUCACAGUAUCGAAAAAGAUAGCCACCAGGGUAUUGGAAGACUCUGUUCCAGUUCCCCCUCAGCCGUUGCCCCCAAGUGCCCCUGUAUGGGCUCGCCGGCUCAGCAGCUGUGAGAAAAUUGGGGACUCCUACCGUGGCUAUUGUUCAAGUGAAACAGAACUGGAGAGUGUUUUAACACUGCACAAACAGCAAACACAGAGCGUGUGGGGAACACGGCAGUCUCCAAGCCCAGCAAAGCCUGCCACAAGAUUGAUGUGGAAAUCACAAUAUGUCCCAUAUGAUGGGAUUCCAUUUGUGAACGCUGGGAGCAGAGCCAUAGUGAUGGAGUGUCAAUACGGGCCCCGAAGGAAGGGCUUUCAGCCCCGAAGGAGCAGUGAUCAGGAGAGCGUUUCUCGCCAGCUGUACAAAGCCACUUGCCCUGCCCGGAUCUACAUUAAGAAGGUGCAGAAGUUUCCUGAGUAUAGGGUUCCCACAGAUCCCAAAAUUGAUAAGAAAGUCAUACGAAUGGAGCAGGAAAAAGCUUUCAAUAUGCUGAAGAAAAACCUGAUAGACGUGGGUGGCGUAUUCAGGUGGUAUGUGCAGUUACCCACCAAACAGGCUCACCAGUAUCAUGAAAUGGAAGAGGUGUGCCUUCCACUUUCACCUUUCCCUGUGCCAUCCCCUGAGGAAGAUGACAAUGCAGUCGGAGAUGAGAACUGCAUUUUGCCAUCACGUCUUCACCCACAAGUUGCAGAAAAGAUCAGAGAACUAGUGUCCCAAGGAAUACAACAAGUCUAUGCAGUGAGGAAACAGUUACGAAAAUUUGUGGAACAAGAAUUGUUUAAACCUGACCAAGUGCCGCAAAGGCAUAAUUUGUCAUUCUUCCCCACCGUAAAUGAUAUUAAGAACCACAUUCAUGAAGUUCAAAAGACUCUAAAGAAUGGGAAGGCAGUGUACAACUCGGAAAUAGUUCCAGCCAUGCUGCAAUGGACUGCAGAUGGUGGGAACAUUCUCACCGAAACAGUGACAGUUACGUUUGCAUCACCACUGACUGAGGGAAGUUCACGAGAGAAAACCAUUAUCAAGGUGGAAUCUAAUCAGACCAGAGAGCUGUUUUGUCCAGAGGUGACUCAGCUCCUUUCUUCACUUCAUCCCAGAAUGUUUGCCCAGAUCAAGGGGUUACAGAUGCAGCCAUCACUUACUUCCAUCACUGGAACAGCAACCCUUGUAACGGUGGAUAGUUACUCUCCUCCCAGCUCUUCAGGCCUUCUAUAUUCUACAGAAAGGCUAAGCGAGUCUGUGAUUAGUCCUGGUUGUGCUCUUCAAGACAAUGCCACUCAGACCCAGAACAAUACUAUUGCAUCACUGCUGGGAGACCAACCUGAACCAGAUCAGAAGGACUGUCUUAUAACUGCUGAAAGUACAGAAGAUGCUGAAGCCAUUGAGCAGGAAGUUCAUCAGAUCCCUUUAAGAGAUGCGUGCACUAUCGCAGACCACCAUCCAGCUCUUAAAAACCCGAGGAGGACUGCUGGCACAGACCAUGUGGGUCACGAAACCAAAGAACAAGCAGUAUCUUCAGAGUUGGAACAAUUCAGAGACUUCCAGGCUUCGUCUGUUACUUGAGACUUUGAAGGCUGUUAACGCUUCAGCAGUGCAAUAUUUGAUGCAGACUCCAUCCGCUGAUUUGUGGCAAACAGCUUUGCUUCACUGCCAACUGCAAUCUGAGCCAUUCCUGCAUGGAGCUGCUGCUCCUCCUUCCUUCCUUCCUUCUGAGGUUUACAUGAUAUCCAGGUAGCUUAUUGCAGUCGGUAUUUACGCAGGUCUUCCAAAAUCAAGUCCCUGAUCCCACCCACCCCCACCUCAAAAUAACUUCAGGUCCCAGUGAUGCUCUCACUGACUUUUCUGAAGUCUUCAACUUGUCGUGGCAACUUGCAACUCAAUGAGACUUCCCCUGACAGCGGAAGUAAUGGAUUUGAGAGAAAUGUGUUACUUGGGAAUGAAGAUAAAUCUUCCUAUUUUCAGAGGGAGCUGGAUGCAGACUGAAAUGGAAAAUAUCAUAACCCUAUUAAAGGAAAAAGUUGCCAGCAAAAUUGUUAGUAUGGACAACAAGCAACAAUAUACAUGGUGUUGUGGAGGAGAAACCUCAUGAUGCCUGCAUUUAACUUCAGGCAUGUUAUUGGCAGUUCAUUUCUCAUUCUGUGCCCGUUGUUCUAAAGCAAUAGUAGCCAGUGUGGAUCAUAGUGGCAAAGAGUAGCUAAUAUGUUUGAUGAGAAUUGGAGGGGGAUUGUUCAGUAGUAGUCCUUUUUAUUUUGUGUACUUCACCUUUCACAUGAAGUGAAGAUAUAAGACAAAGAGCUAGCUGGCUGCCAAGUUGUGUGUAUUCAUGUUGUGAUGCUGCAGAACAAAACUUGAAAAUCUGUAAUUUGUCUAACAGUACAAGAAAUAUAUACAGUAGUUCCCAUCCUAAUCCAGGGGAUAAACUGAGUCUGCUGUGGAUUUUCAUGGAAGUAGGUUUCAGGAAUGCAGUAAUAUGUGUAACGUCUAAUAUUAAGAUUCUUAUUUAAGUAAUAGAUGAGUUUUCCCCUGCUGUUGUUGCUCAAAAGUGUGGACCUAGGUUGUAAUUUGUAUACCAAGUGGAAUUCUGAAAAUGAUAUUCCUAUCUGAAUGACUCUGCGUGACAGGCAUAUGUUAUUUAGCACAUCUAAAACUGGGUUCUCCUUAAUAAUGUACAAACUGACUUCAGCAGCAAACUGUACAUAUAUUUACUUGAAUCUAAACCUUGUUGAGAUCAGUGGGACUUCUUAUGGGUAGGGGUUGGUUGACACAGUGGGUAGGGGCCAGUGAUAUGUGGAUAAAAGAAUCGUAGCUCUCUUCCUCAUCCUUCCUCCCCCGCAGCCCUUUUUGACACCAGGAUAUUUGAUUUGAUCCAAGUUUCCCAUGGCCAGAGAAGACUGCUGGCUUGGUGGGAAUGAGUAAAGGAUCUGCAGCUAUCAACACGUUAUGCUGGCGGACUGCUGGCCACCUCCCCACACCCUGUUUAGUGUAUCCCGCACAUACAGAGUUUCUCUGAAUGCAGGAGACCCAUUGACUUCAGUGAAAGGAGCCAGUCUGCAGAUCAGCUUCUUUCACUAAAAUGAAUGGCAAUAGCAAUAGGUAUAUAUUUGCAAUUAUAAUUUAAAUUGAAGACAUACCAUGAGGAUAUGCUCCUCUGUCGACAAACACUGUUGGUCCACGUGGGAUACCCAAGUCUCCACUCCGGAGCACGCCAAGCACUCUGUUCCCAGCACGACGAGGAAGUGACGGUCCAUUCCCCGCGUUCCCAUAGAGGGACUGGUAACCCUAGCAACUGCUGAAGUCUGUCCGGUCUAAACCCUAAGAGUGUUCUGUACCUCGAUGAACCACAGAAAAGGCUGAAGUUUACUCAAUGCAGCUUUCUUAGUAAGAGUGCAGCAGCUCUGGAGGAUGUCACGCUUUGGUGGAAUUAACCACUUGGGGGAUACCAGAACGCUGUGAGUCUGGUCCGGGAAGUUGUUGGGAGAUAAUCAACAGUUUGGGGAGUCCUAGUCCAGGCCUUGCUUUUCUUCAUCAUUAGUCUCAUUACGUGGCAUGAUCUUUUUUGUUGGAAAAUUCUGAGACGUCUGGAUGAAUUUAAUCCGAUAUUUAUGAGCUAGCUAAAAUGACAAAAGUAUUUUGGGUAGCUGCUUUUCCUUGUUUCCUGUGAAGAAAAAAAUAUUACAGUAUAAAGGAGGUUGACCUCAGUAAACUAUUCUGAGGUUUUCUAAAGCAUUCCAUGUGCCCAGAAUUGUGACUAUGACUUUUAUUCUGUUUAAGAAAACACUUUGAGAGCUGGCUGUUCAGUAAAUGAUUUACAGCUAUCCUGGACUGAAAUUUCACCUUGAAGAGAAGAGAACCUAAAGAUGAGGCAGAGAUUUGCAUUUCAAGAAAAUUUUUCAUCCCGUUUUCAUCCUCUUUCCUAUUUGUACAUGCCUAAAAUUACUGAUUUUUAUUUACUUCAAUUUUUUCUCUGGCUGCUACUAAUAUUGUGGUUUUUCACAUUUAAAUCCCUUUGAAUCCCAUCCUGAUUUUUAAGGUGCCCAGUAACGAUAUUGAAUUGUGGCCACAAUUCUUAACAACAUAGGAGACGAGAAGUUAUCAGACUUAACUUUGAAAUUAUGCACUGGUCGUACAGAUGAGAAAAGCUGCUUAAGCCUCUGUGUGAUUCAUUACAUUCCUAAACAUGAUUACAUUCCUAAACAUGGUAGACUACAUUCUCUAAGGAUCUAAAACCAACUCUGCUUCCCACUAAAAUCCGUAGAACUUCAGAUAUUUAGCAAUUUUGUCUUGAGUUUACCUCCAAAAUGGUUUUGCUUACAGCAGGAACUUAGAUGCGUUUCUAAUGGCUUGUAUCCUGUGCCUUGUUUCCAUUGUCAGAAGGGGGGGACGAUUUCUGCCCGUCCCUCAUGUGGCAGACUCCUAUGUUGCCACCUAUGCUAGUCUAAAGGAUCCACUAGUGCCCCGCAGCCAAGAUUUUGAGGGGCGAAAUGGGCUGCAGCAGAAGGGGGAAGUGAUAAAGUCCUCCUCAGUGACCUGGACUCUGCAAGGGAAUCCAGUUGAGCGCCGGUUUCCAUAACUGUUUCCAUAAACUUGUCAUAGAAAGAGCUCUGGUAACCUUUCCUCCUUAUGCGAGCUUCCCAUGGUGGUGAGCGCAGUUCCUAAGGAAGAUAACAUGCUUAUAUUGACACUGUAGCUAAUGUACAAAUGAAUCCUUGUCCACAAUUAGCAGCAUUUAAGGCUCAUAUCUGAAGGAUUAAUAACUCGUGCUAUGAAGAUGGAUAUUUGAUCAUGUGAAUAAAAACAUGGAGGUUGCACAGAUUUAGAGACAUUUGUGUUACACUGUGUGUUUUAUAUUAAAAUAUAAAGUUUUGAGACAUUUUUACCAAA